AUGCAAACAACAAGCGAGUGUGGUGACAACAUGCUGUGUUUCAUUGCUUACGAGCAGCCAGUUUGUGAAUGUUCUGCACAGUUCCAGAGAGACAUGUCUAUGUCUUGUGUACGGGUUCCACAACGAAUACUGGGCAGUGAAUGCAGACAGGUCAGUGACUGUGGUCAAAACAUGGAAUGCAGCCCAAGCAAUGCAUCAGGCCUUUUUAUCUGUCAGUGUGCAAGCCAGUUCUUGCCAAGUGCAGAUAUGGAAUCUUGCUAUCACUUCAACCAGACAUAUCCUCCUCAAGGCUCAUCUGACUGCAAGCUGAAUCCACAAGAAAACUCAGGUGAUUGCAUGAAGGAGAACCCUGAUGAGCAUCCUGAAUGCGACAUAGAUGAAGACUGGAAAGGACUGGGUGACAGAUGCUCGACCAUGGAUGAAUGUGGCUUGCACAUGGUUUGUAUAGGACAGCCAGGGGCAGCAACAUGCAGAUGGGGUGUCCUAGGCUCUCCCUGCACAGGUGCCCAGGACUGUGGGGAUGGUAUGGAGUGUGCUGUGACUGGACUAAACAGGACAUGUAGAUGUAGUCUGCGCUAUGUGGCAAGGCAGAAUGGUUCCUGUGGUCUUGCAUUUGGACAGCAUUGCUCAAGGAACGAGGACUGUGCUGAUUAUAUGAUGUGCAGCAAAACUGCACUUAGCUCUCCUGCUUGCUCCUGUAUUCAGGGAUUUAUAAUUACCAGCUCAAUGUCUUGUGUUUUCAAAGGACAGCCAGGUGCUCAUUCUGGACACAGCAUGCAGAACUCAACCUUCAGCACACUGCUCUUUCUGUUUGUUAUCUGGACUUGUCUCUUGCCUACAUGA